GCAAAAGCAACAACUAUCAAAGAAGCUCUAGCCAAAUGGGAAGAAAAAAAUGGCCAGAAAGCUUCAGAGGCAAAGGAGGUAAAACUGUACGGUCAGAUUCCUCCUGUAGAGAAGAUGGAUGAAUCUCUCUCCACGCUUGUUAACUGCGAGAAACUGUCGCUGUCUACAAACUGCAUUGAAAGAAUCGCCAACUUGAGCAACCUAAAAAAUUUGAGGAUUCUGUCUUUGGGGAGAAAUAACAUAAAGAACUUGAAUGGAUUGGAGGCAGUUGGAGAUACUUUAGAGGAGCUGUGGAUCUCAUACAACUUCAUUGAGAAACUGAGAGGUAUCCGUGUAAUGAAGAAGCUGAAGGUUCUUUAUAUGUCAAAUAACUUGGUGAAAGACUGGGCAGAGUUUGUGAGACUGGCAGAGCUGCCAUCACUAGAGGAUCUGGUGUUUGUAGGCAAUCCACUACAAGAGAAAUACGCCUCUGAUCAGAACAAUUGGAUUGAAGAAGCAACCAAACGGGUACCCACGCUGAAAAAGCUAGAUG